UCCUCUGCCUCCGGCGAAGGGGCCGCCGGCUUCGGCUUUGGUUAGUUGGCUGCGAGAGAUUUCGUGGCGGUGGCGGCUUCCCCGGGGCGGCGCCGCGGUGGCAUUCUGGCUUGCUGGGUUGAGCAGAGCUGAGCCGCGGGCGCGCGCGCGCUGGUUCCUCUUGCUUGAGCUGCGGUUGGGAGCUGGGGGGAGGUGGAUGCACCGCGGCUUGGUCGAUUGGCGGAGGAGGGAGGCGUAGCUGUGGGGUCUAGCCGGCGGGCAUGGGGAACGCGGCCGGCAAGGAGGGGGAGAACGGCCACGUGGCGGCGGGGGAGACGCCACCCGCCGCCGGAGUGGCCAGCUCGGCGGGGGCAGCAGCGCCCCGGCCGCCGCCGCCGCCGGACGCCGUGAUGCGGGAGCUUCCUCCCCCCGUCCCCUACAUCUUCACGCCGCAGGUUCCAGUAGUCCCACUACAUAGACCUACUGAAUUUUCUCCUGUUUUCAACAAAACAUGGAUAAAUGAAUCGGAUGAAUCCACAAACAACCACCCCCAGGAGAAGGGAAUUCCAAUAUUGAUUACGUGGAGUCAAGGGGGAAAAGAGGUGUUUGUCCAAGGAUCAUGGGAUAAUUGGACAUCAAGGAGGGUUUUGGAGAAGUCCGGGAAAGACCAUACCAUCUUGUUGGUUCUGCCAUCCGGACUAUACCAUUACAGAAUCAUCGUUGAUGGGGAACCGAAGUACGUCCCUGAGCUACCUCAUGUGGCUGAUGAGGGAGGGCAGGUUGCCAAUCUCCUCGAUGUCCAUGAUUAUAUCCCAGAAAGCCUCGAUAGUGUGGCAGAAUUCAAUGCGCCCCCGUCGCCUGAGCACAGCUAUGAACUCCAGCUCCCAGGCGAUGAGGAAUUCGCCAAGGAGCCACCCACAUUGCCACCUCAGCUGAUCAUGUCUGUACUUGGUGGCACUGAUAACUCUGAAGAACACAAGCCAAAGCCAAAGCAUGUUGUCCUCAACCAUCUGUACAUUGAGAAAGGAUGGGGAUCACAGUCACUGCUCGCUCUCGGAGUCACUCACCGGUUUCAAUCCAAGUAUGUAAGCUUCGUGCUCUACAAACCGCUGCGAAGUUGAGCCAUGGUGAACUAAACAAGGAAUGGUGGCUACUGGCUAGACUCCAUGAUAACUGACAAUGUACAGAAGGGAAAUGCAGGAGCUCUUGUUCUUUGAUGCUGCUCAAAAAGCACUCAUCUUUUUUUUUUCUUGAACUCUUUCUUCUUUCUUUCUCUAAUAAGCUGUCGUUGUAGCAUGAUGUUUUUAGCAGACUGAACCCUUUGAGAAGAUGAGUGAAGAGAGGGUUGGAAAAGAAUA